AAUAAACAAAGAAAGAACUGAAAGCACAGGAAGGCUGACGUGGGCCGUGUGGAGGAAGGAAACCAGCUGAAAACAAGGAACGCCUUCAUAGGACACUCACACACAGCCUGAGCCUGAGGUGAAACGGGCCGCUCCAAAAAGUUUCAGUCGGGUUAGAAACAACUUCUCAGGAUGUAACAGAAAGGGCUUCAGAGGUGUUAAUUUAUUUAAAGCCAUAAAUCUACUCGCAGACUGAACCGCGCUGCAAUUUAAACCCGAGACGACGGCGUGGAAGACUCUUCUGCACUUCCCAUCGCGGCGCGCCUGCAGCCCGAGUGCACAGGAAAUGGCGAGCUGCUGCUGAGGUCGUGGACACAUUCCCUUUCUCUGCUGUCUCUCUGCACCAGCGGGUGUUAUGGAUCUGCUGGGUUUCAUGUGCUGGACAGUUGCCCCACUGCUACUCUUGUUGCCGUGUGGGUCUCAGUGCAUGACGGUGCACGUCAUCAAUGAGCAGCCUGUGUAUAUAAUCCCUGGCUCCACUCUGGAUCUCAAAGCCCGAAUCAGGAUGAGUCCCCUGGAGGAGAUCUCCAUGGUAACCUGGGAACGGGAGCCCGAAACCGGGUUUGACCCGGUGAGAGUGACACUGGCCACAUGCAGCGGUGGCGUCCUGAAGUGCGCCGGUACAAGGCCAAACGUCCGUGUGAACACAGAGCAGCAGGAGACGACACUUCAGAUUAAUGGAUUCAGCAGAGCAGACAGCGGCGAGUACUCGGUGACUGUGACGGAUCGCACAGGAGCCAAUACCUCUGCACACUGCAUCGUCAGGGAAUACGAGGCAGUUCAUCAUGUCUCCGUCAGCAUCAACGUGUCUCACUCCUUGCUGGUUUGCAGCGAGGCGUGGGGGACAGACCCCAUUUUCAGCUGGCUUUAUGAAGGAGGCGCCAUCACGCAGACGGUCGGACGAGUCUCCGCCGAUGGGACAACAUUGUCUGUGUCUCUUUCACCCAUUUGCGGCCACUUCACCUGUGUGGUUAGGAACAAGCUGGGUGACAGCUCAGCCACCUACAUGGCAGCACCCUGCAAAUCCGAGGGCAGAGGGAUGACAGUGGCUGUUGUCUGUCCUGUCCUCUUGCUGCUGCUGCUGCUGUGUGGAGGUGUGCUGGCAUUUCUUCUGUGGAGGAGACGCAAGCACAAUAACAGGGGAGAAAGGCUGCACGAACACGUGGAUGACACCAUCUGAGAGGGAAGGCCUAAGCUGCUGCUAAGAGGUCUCAGAGUAAAACUCGUAACGGACGCGACCUUCCUGUCCUCGGAGCAGUGUGACCCUACAUUGUAUUGGCACCAUUUGAAGUGUGAAUUGAUUUCUGACAAAUAAAAAAAAAUAUUUGUAUUCAGAGUUAGAUGUUCGACAUGAGGAGACAGCGGCGACCUUAUACUGCCUCCUGCUGGACGCCGAAUGAAACUAAAAAGUCAGCUCAGAAAUGUUGAUGCAUUAUGUGAUAAAACAUAAAUAUCUGGAAUUGUAUUCUUAAAUAUUUAGUAUUGUUUCUUGUGUUAAGGUGUCUGUCUAUACGUAUAUGUGCUAAACCUUUCAUCUAUAAGUGUUAUAAACUGGAUUUGAAGUAAUAAAUGUACAAAUACAACAGGUGUUGAGGCAAUGUGCAAGACAUUUUACAUGAUGGGUCUUUAAGGAAAAUAUUUUUAUCUAUUUUUCUAGAUCUAGACCAAAAAUGUCAGUUUUUUAUGAAAAAAAAAAUACUGUCAUGUUCUGUGUCCCCUUGGUCCCCAGCCCCCUCCUGAUUGUCCUCUGUGUUCUCCUCAUGUUCCUCCUGGUGUUUUCCAGCUUCUCAAGUCUCUCCAGUCACCCCUCUAUAGUUUUAUUAUCUAUAGGUUCAGCUUUUCAUUUUGUUUGUUCCCUUUAGUGUUUGUGUCCUUCCCCACUUGUUAAUUAGUCUUCCUUACGCCUCUUGUCAUUAGUUGUUUAUCUUGGCCCUUAGUUUCCAGGUUUAGUUAUGUAGUGUUUUUAUAGGUUAUGUUAUCUUCCCCUCUGCUUGGUUUUCCCUUCCCAUGUACUUAAUUGAUUUCACCUGUCACCUGUUCCCCUGAUUGCUUUCCACUGUGUUAAAAGCCUGGCUUGUCCUUCAGUGUUUGUUGGGUCAUUGUCUUAUGUGUUGCAUUGUUCGUUCCCCUCUCGAGUAUCUCCUAGUUCCUGCUCGUGUGUGAGCUUAGUUAAUUUAGAGCUUUCAAGUUUCUUUUGUUUAGUUUUUUUUUUUGAGUAUCAGUCUUAUUUUGUGCUUUGGACUUUUCAGCACAUCCUCCUUAAAUAAAGGACUUGUUUUUCUUAAAACCUCUCCUGCCUUUGAGUCGUUCUGGGUACUUCUGCAUCCUGGGUCCAACCUCC